AUGAGCAGGAGGGACGAAGCUCUCUCGGCUGUCGACGAGCUCGUCGGCCUCUUCCGUUCAGGCCUCACUCAAGCUCUCGACGCCGACCACAACCGCACCGCCCCACGCAACCCGCGGCGCUCGUCCGACGCACCUCCACCGCCAGCAGCAGGGCCCUCGUCAACCCCGUUCUCGACCGGCGCCUCGCACCAGAGCUUCCCGCUCGACCCUCAACAGCCGCAACCACCCGGCGAUGGCGACGACGAGCUGCCCGGCUACUCGCGCCGCGCCCCAGUCGACCCUCGCCUCACGGCCGACCUCCCGCCAAAGCGCCGUCACGUCCUCGCGUCAAAGACGGGCAAGCUCCGCCUCGACCUCGACGCACGCGGCAAGGACCACGUCAUCCUCGUCCAGGAGCAGCCCGACAGCGACGUCACCCUCGCCGGCACCCUCACCGUCCACCUGCGCGACCCCGAGGCCAUCACGCACGUCCGCGUGCGCCUCAAGGGCAUGGUGCGCACCCUCGCCCAGAAGGCCCACGCCUCGGGCCGCCACCCCGUGUCGGACGAGGUCGACUUUUUCGAGGACGGCCACGACCUGUGGACCGCCCCGCCGCUCGGCGCCCACAACGAGCGCCUCCUCGCGGGCAACACGACCAACGAGCCCUCAAAGCUCCAGGGCACCUUCUCGUUCCCGUUCUCGGUCACGCUUCCCGGCCGCCUGACGCGCGUCCCGAGGAUGGACCUCCCGCCUGGCCGCGCCAUGCGGCCCCCGCCGUCGUUCGUCCUCGACUCGGCCGUCGCCCAGCUCCCGUCGUCCGGCACCACCUCGAUCCUCACGACGGGCGUCGGCGCGUUCGAGGCGUCGUGCCGGUACUACCUCAAGGUGACGCUCGGCCGCCGAGGCCUCCUCAAGCUCAACGAGCGCUGGGUCGUCCCCGUCGUCUUCGUCCCGAGGCAGGCGCCGCCCGUCUCGCCCUCGCCGCAGCGCGCGCUCGCCCUCGCCCACGGCCGCACCCCGCCCUCGAGCGCGAGCGACCCCGAGGGCUGGACCGACGCGCGCAAGUACGUCGCGAGGGCCGGCAGCUCGGCCGCGAGGAGGGGCGGCUUGUUCAAGAGCGGUGCGAGGGGCGCCUGGGUCGAGGUCGAGGGCAAGGUGCCCAAGCCGCACAAGUUCGUCAAGGGCCAGGGCCAGGCCAUCGAUUUCGAGGUGCAUAUCACGUCCGACGCCAACAGCGGGCGCUUCCCGGCUUCGGCAGUCGCCGUCUCGCUCCUCCAGCGCACCGUCGUGCACGCCCAGAACCUCGUCAACACGCUCGACACGGUCGUCCUGCGCGCUCAGGCCGUGCGUCCGAUCGGCGCGCCAGACGGCCUCCCUGUACGGCUCGACAACGGCGUUCAGGCGUGGAGGGUCACGUACGGUGGCUCGGUCACGCUCACGCAGGGCAUGACGGCCUCGUUUCGCGCGCCCAACCUCCAGGUCCUGUACGAGCUCGCCAUCACGCUCUACCAACCGGGCUCAAAGCCGGGCUCGACGACCCACACCCAGAUCGCCUCGCUCGCCAUCCCCGUCGAGAUCGUGUCGUGCGUGCCCGCCGUCGGCUCGGCGGCGCAGGACGAGCGCCCGCCACCGCCCCACAGUGCGCCAGCUCCCGCUGCCGAAGCAGCCCCGCUGCCCCCGCACGAGCAGCCGCCCUCGUCGGCGUCCACGUUCGCCCCGCCGCCAAACCCUCCUCCACCUCCCGCUCCCUCGCACGCCGCGCCCUCGCUUCCUCCCCGCCAGCCCUCGUCCUUCGCCCAGCAGCCCGGCCACUCGGCUCCUCCUCCUCGGCCCCCUCAGCAGCAGCAGCAGCAGGCCGCCGCAGCCGCCGACGAGGAGCGCCGCCUCGAGGACGAGUUUGGGCUCCCGCCGAGCUACUUUGACGUCGUCGCCGAGGAGGCGAGACGCUGA